CUUCAACGCUACGUCCGCAUGGAUUUCUACUCUCCCCGGACUUCCUCCAGCCUACAUUUCAUAGCACAGGUUCACCUUGGUGCCAUGAGAUAGAACCUUCCGAACAAGUCAUUUAUUUCGUUUCUUCUCCCCUCGCUCUCCAUUGACAACCGUGAUCUACGUCGAAACUCCCCAGUCAUGGACAGUAAUCUACUUGAAAGUCUUCUCGACUUGGAGGAGCAAUUCUACAAGGAAGGAUAUGAUCUGGGCGCCGCGGACGGCGCUCAGACAGGGUACACGGAGGGCAGUGUCUUUGCGGUCGAGAAGGGCUUCGAAAAAUUCGUCGAGCUGGGAAGACUCUAUGGCAAAGCCCUCGUGUGGGCUCAACGGCUAGCGGAUUCGAAGAAGGGCAAACCGGAGCACAAGAGCACGGAGACACAACCUCUAUCGCAGCCGGCCGAUGGGCAGGAGAAUGCGAUUUCUCUCGAUCCCUCCGUUUGCAAGAGCAUGGCGAACUUCCCUCCUAGUUCAAGACUGGCUAAAAAUAUCGACACGCUCCUCGAACUGGUCGACCCUGCGUCGUUGCCCAUGCAGAACACAGAAGAAGCGGUCACAGAUGUGGAUGAGCGCCUGAAAGGCGCCAUAAUCAAGGCGAAACUUAUCCAACGCGCUUUGGGCGAGCGGGAAGAUGUUUCCGAUCUCCAUCCCGAUGCGAAAGAAGCGAAGACCCCUGGUGAUGGAACGGGUAGUAUUGAAGAUAUUAGCGCGCUGAAUAUUCGCCAUUGAGGAUUCUUCUGGACGGUCAUAUUUUCCCAUCCGUUCGAAGGGGUGGAGAAAUACGUGCUCAAUUCCAAUUGCAAGUCUUAUUCAAGAUCUCCAGCGUGGGACAUCCCCUGCACGUCCGUGGAGCAGUCUCGAGCAACCUGUCUGCCAAAGAUAGCUCAAUCUUCUGGCGCGCUCGCAAUCCCCGACUCAUCCACAACAACAUAUCGGACGAUCACUGGUCCGCGAAUGCAAACUCGCCGACGCGACCACAACCAGGGACAUCCAUCAUCACAUAGCUGAUGCUUUGAAACUUAUUACUGUUAGGGUCAGUAGAAGGAAGGACCCCGCAUAAAGCUAAUAUCGGCGUUGCUUCUUUCCUUGUCUUGUUCGAGUGUACUAGGUAGUUAGAUUCCUCUAUGAGAAAUAGCUGUGUUUGGCCCGUUCGAGUGGAAUCACGGUCCUUGCUACCGUUGUCUGCCUCUUGCGCAACGACUGGUUGCAAGGCUCAUCCAUUGCCAAGACACUCCAUCCAGAGCUGAUAGAGUGAUAGGAAAACAUAUAUCCAUACACAAGUCCCGAGCAGUAGUAUAUAUAGAAUGGAUGAUAUCAGUCGUGUAGAGUG